AUGUAUAUUGCGUAUGGAUGGCCGCAGGCAAUUCCAUUGUUGGAAUCUCAGGAUGCCUUCUCUUCGUCUUCCUCCCUCUCCUUUGCCGGAGUGGUGUACAUAAAGGUGGCCGGCCACAUCCUGCUCGUCGUUACUCCCGGGCAUCUGGAGCUUUGGAGUUCUUCCCAGGUAUGCAUGUACUUGAACAAGUCCUUGAGCACCUAUGUCGUGCUCCUGGACACUAGAGACUACUGAGCGAUUAAUUGGUGUCGUGGAUUCCGCGGAUGCCACUUCCAUUGAGUACAUUUGCAAUUCCUUUCAAUGACUCUGGGAACUUUUUGGAUCUGAUUUUCACGCGGAUGAUACGGCAGCACAGGGUUAGACUUGGAAUGUACACAAGGAAUGCGGAUUCCAUCAAGGGGGAGGGGGAGAAUCAGCACGCCAUAUGGAGCUCUGACACUAAAACUGUUUGUGUCUUUGUAAGUGGACGCCAACUCUGCCUCGGAUUUGGCUGCGUGUUCACUGUCCAAACCUCAACCCUCCUUACAUUCUAGUGGCUUACACAGAAUCCGUCACUUCUUUCUUUUCUGUAAUACUGCUCGGUCCUCUUGUUGGACUUAAAUCAACUCCAUUAUGUGUAUGCUAUGAAUGCAAGAUCUCUUAUGCCCGUUUGUAAAAUCGGAUUCUCACAUUCUAUCCAUGCACUUGCAGACUUCUCUGGAGUAUCUCCACAUAUAUAAAGUUCGGCUCUCUGGAAAGAAGCUGCUGUUUGGAGGGAAACAACUCAGUGGCCUGUCCCUUGCUAGCAUAGCUCUUGUUCACAGCGAGAGGACACCUUUUUCUGACGGGAAUAGGGUGACGUAGGAACUCACACACCCUCUCUCCUUCCUCUUGGGCUGUCUCCCUUUCUCUUCCUAGGAGUUUCUGGAUUCUAAUUUGAAUAGUGUGAAUACAAUUCUUCUCUCUAAACAUUGAAAUAAUUCUCUUCCAUGUGUUAUUGUCUUCAGGAGCAAUUUUGCAUGUGACAGCAAAAACGUAAUUUUUGGUCUUGCUAAUGGAUCUCUAAAUCUUGUCUCAUGGAAAGGAGAGGUACUGUAGAAUAUGAGAAAAGGAUGUGUGAUUUCGUUUUCCAUUUUCAUUGUUAGAAAUGUCUUCUCAUGAAACUCUUUUAGAGGCGUGCUUGCAAUGAUAUUUCUCUCAUUUUUAUGUUAUUUAAUGCAGUUCAGUGAGAGCUUUGAAGUUGGUCGCUAUCCUCAAGCCACUUAUGAAGAUCGUGAUCUCCCAAACUCUGCAGACGCUGCACAUUUUUCUGGAAGAGAUUCGGGUGGGCCUGUGGAUGGCCAUGACCACGUCAGAAGUGCCAUUAUCCAGAUUGAUCUGUCACUUCCAUUGCGAUUGCUUAGUGUUUUACAUUCUGAUGGUCAUAUUGCACUGUGCACUGUCAGUAAAAAGGGAAUGAAGCAGCCUGACUCAAUAAAAGUUGAAAGAUGGGUGACCAUUGAUGACGCUGUGUGUGUCUCCAUAGCAUCCGAGCAACAGGUUCUGGCUGUUGGUUGUAGAAGAGGAGUUGUGGAACUCUAUGACUUAUCAGAGAGUGCUUCUCACCUUCGAACAUUGUCUUUAUAUGACUGGGGGUGAGACCCACGAAAUCUGUUGAAGACCAAUUGGCUUGUUGAUUUUGCUCUUUAGUACAUGUUUUCUUCUUUGUCAUCAGUAGUGAUUACCAUUGAGCUGCGAUAGAAAAAUGUAUUCGAAACGUAAUAAUGGUUAUAACACAUUGUCUGGGGAAUGUAAUUCCUUUUUAGAAUCUAUUUAUCUCAGCAAUGGAUGACGACUUAAGGGUUUCUUUAUGCUCAAAGUUGGUCCUGAAACCCCGAGGACUUGAGGGAACUCAUAUGAUUACACUUGUAAUUGAAAACUUUACCCCAAUGCGAAGAAAUGGGAUAGACUACAUUACAGGAAUUCCCCACUCCUUGAUGGAACUUAAUUUUGUCUGGUGGUUUGCUUUGGUGGUUUGCAUAAUUUAGCAGUUGUCUGUCAAUCUUUCAUUAAUCAAAGUCACAAGGGUGGCCAUAGUGAUUUACUUCUCUAUGAUGGAGUUUGAAAUUUUGGUCUAACGUCAUGUUUUUGAUGGUGCAUUAAUUUGUGCAGAUCUUAGGUUGGCAUCCUUUCAAGCCAUCACCACUUAACGUCCUAGUCGUAGGUCCAUAUCUUAUCGAGGGUUUUAUCGUUUAUGACAUUAGAUGUUAUCGUAGUGAUUUACUUGAGUUAAUAUUUGUCUGUCUAGCUAAAUUGUUUCACUCUAUCAAAGCUUAGGAAGUGUGAAAUGGUGAAGAAAAUAAAUUUUCUAUUUAGGUCUCUAGAAAGACUUGUGGUCCUUUCCUAGUCCUAUCUCCUGAUAGGUUGUUUUGCUUUCUAUCCUCACCUAUGUUAAGCAUAUUUCCGAAUGCUAAUAUGUUCCCUGCAAGUGGUCAAGUCAGUUCUGACUUUUUCCACCAAGAAGUUGGAUUGAGAACGCAUCUACCACUUCAUUUCUAUUGGCACCAGCCGGUGUUUUUGCCUGCCAAGGUAGUAUGCCUCACAAGUUUGUCUCUUGGAAUGAACUGAAGAAGUAAAGCAGGUGUAUAUCUCAUUUGAAGAUAUUAUUUGCUGAAAAAAUAAAAUUAUCUAACCUCGAAUUUAGUAGGCUAAGAUGUGUCGACACAUGCAUUGCUUUUUGUUUAACUUAAAUAGCUUGACUUUGGUUAUUUUUUGCUAUCACUGGUUCUUCUCUGCCUAUUUGUUUCUUUGUUUAUUGAAUGGAUUAUAAAGUGUUUAUUGAUUUUUUGAUACUGAAUUCAGGUACUCAGUGGAGGAUACUGGUCCAGUUAGUUGUAUUGCCUGGACACCUGACAAUUAUGCUUUUGCAGUGGGAUGGAAAUGUAGAGGACUUGCUGUGUGGUCUAUUUCUGGUUGUCGCUUAAUGUGUACGAUUCGUCAGAUUGGAAUGAGUUCCAUUUCCUCACCUGUGGUGAAACCUAACCAUGAUCUGAAAUGUGAGCCUCUUCUUGCUGGUACAUCAUUAGUACAAUGGGACGAAUAUGGAUACAGACUCUAUGCUGUUGAGGAGAGUUCCUGUGAAAGGAUUCUUUCAUUUUCUUUCGGCAAGUGCUGUGUUAGCAGGGGUCUGUCUGGUGCAACCUAUGUUCGUCAAGUAAUUUAUGGUGAAGAUAGAAUUCUAGUUGUGCAGUCUGAUGAAUCAGAUGAUCUGAAAUUUUUACACCUUAAUCUUCCGGUAAGACAUCUAUUUGCUAUUACAUUUGGUCCUCAUGUUUUUAAGUGUUGUGCUCGGUUUAUUACUCGUACAUCAAUCUUUAUGUUACAGGUAUCCUAUAUUUCACAAAAUUGGCCAAUAUUACAUGUAGUCGCAAGCAGAGAUGGGACCUACUUGGCAAUUGCAGGUGUUCGUGGACUAAUCCUGUACGAUUUGCACUCUAAAAAAUGGCGGGUGUUUGGAGACGUUACACAAGAACAGCAAAUUGCAUGCAAAGGCCUGCUGUGGUUGGGAAAAAUUGUUGUCGUCUGCAACUAUAUUGAAUCAUCGAAUUCGUAAGAAAAUUUCCCUUGCAGAUUGUGUUAUUUGUGUCAAUCUCAGUAUUUUUCUACUCACCAUUUAUAUCUCUGGUUUACCGUGAUUUCCUAUUUGUUCCUUCCUGCUUUCUUCAAGGUAGAAAAACCACCGAUACGUCAAAAUGUGGAAGAAGUUCCUAUUUUAUCUAUUAGCAUUUACUGAAAUUACAUUAUGAGGGUACCGAAAGUUGACAAGUCUUAAAGGUAUAUCUGUUAUCCAAGAAUAUUAAGGCCUCGAUUAAGAUUAUUAAAAAAAAGAGUGAUUCUCUUUGGAUCUCCCAGGUUGGUCGCAGUUUAAGUCGUGUCUUCCCUCCUCUAUUGCUGGACCUCAAUAAAUGUUUUUUCUUCAACAAAUAGUGUAAACGCCGCCCCCGCCCAAUGCUGUUGAUGGUCUCUACGUCCCUUUUCUUCUCUUGAUUGGUUGUUUGGGUUAUUUUGCCCGGUCAUUUUCUAUCAAAUAUUUCUAACUUUGAGUGUAGGAUGAUGUAGAAAAGCAUUAUAUGUUUCGAACCAAGCAUAGGGUUCUAAAGUAUUUUACUGGCUUUUAACUUGUGCUGAACUUUGUGGAGAUUUAUGUGAUCAAAUUUAAGGCUUUCCUGAAACAGGUAUGAGUUACUAUUCUUCCCAAGAUAUCAUCUUGAUCAAAGCUCCUUACUUUUUCGGAAACUGCUGGUUGGCAAGCCGAUGGUCAUGGAUGUUUUUGAGGAUUACCUUCUUGUGACUUAUCGCCCAUUUGACAUCCAUAUUUUCCAAGCCAAAGUGUUUGGAGAACUGUCACCUUCAAGUACUCCAGUUUUACAGGUAAACGGAAAAUCUCUGAUAGACUAACUUUUGAUGAACAUCGGAUACACAUGUUUUCUUACCAUUUCUGAGUUGGCUCCUUCCUUAAUAGCAAAAGCUAUGUCGUCAGCGUAGUGCACAUACCUAAUUCCCGCUUCUUUACUCACAAAAUCUUGCAUCUUCACAUCAAGUUGGUGAAGAAAGAUGUUCAUUAAGACGGGAGACAACGGACUGCCCUGAGGGAUCCCUUUUGGACAAGAGCCAUAUGACCUUUUUCGGUUCAUUCCUUUUUUCAUUAUGAAUGUUUUUAUUUUUUAGAGUGAAUUUUACUGUAUGUACAUUAACUAUUGAAAUAAAGUGGAUUAAUCAUCGUAUAUCAUGUUAAAAGUCUUGCCAUGUUUCUUGUUGAAUUCAUACUUUUAAAUGCUGUCUUUCAGUUUGAGAGCAAUAGGUUUUGUAUGCGCCCUUUUUAAGUACUCAAAUGACAAACAGCUUUCUACAGUACGUGAGCUUUCAAUCAUGACUGCAAAGAGUCAUCCUGCAGCAAUGCGUUUCAUCCCUGAUAUUACUCCAAAAGAAGAGAUCUCGAAAAAGGGAAGUUUCCAAUCGUCAGACUUUUUGCUCAGGCAGCCUUCUAGGUAUCUUUGUCCCUCUGAAUUUUUCAUGCAGCUUUAAGCUCGUUGUGACAGCAAACUGACUUCAUAUUUAUGUCAGAUGUUUAAUAUUACGUUCAAAUGGAGAACUUUCAUUGCUUGACUUGGAUGAUGGACACGAACGAGGACUAGCAGAUUUCGUUGAACUGUUCUGGGUGACCUGUGGGCAAUCAGAUGAGAAGACAAAUCUUAUUGAGGAAGUUUCUUGGCUAGAUUAUGGUUGUCGGGGUAUGCAGGUAAGGAUUCUUUUAGGAACUAAAAUACAUCCAUCAUUUAUCAAUAGGUAGUCUUUGGAUUUGGAAAAGUGUCUGUUUUUACGUUCGACUUUUAUUAUAGUUUUGUGGUGAUCAUGCAGGUGUGGUAUCCUUCUCCUGGAGCUGAUCCUUUUAAGCAGGAAGAUUUCUUACAGGUCAGAUUUGUUGUGUGAGUUGGGUUUAUGAAGCAUCUUAUGAUUUUCCUUUCGGUUUUGAUUCUGGAAUGAUUCUAAAAGAUGCGCCAGGAAUUACUCUCUUCUAUCAGUUGAUGAAAUAUUAUUGUUCCAUAUAUUAAGCUAAAGGGUACAAAAGCAGUUGAUGAUAUAUACGUUUUAACGUGGGGUUGGGAUUUAAUUGAAUCAGAUGGAUUGGUGGCAUAUGUUGCAUCUUUCAAUGUUCAUGCCAUUGAAUUUUUAUCUCUCGGACUAUCCUAUAUUUUGGAGCACAAACCAUGUAGUUGAUUGGCUAUCUGUUCAAUUGCCCAAAGUGCAGUUUGGCUGCGACGUGGUUGAAGAUGUUCAAACGGAGUAGGGAUGGACGAAUGAUGUUGAAAUGUAGACGUAGAUCUAGUAGCUGGAAUUGGUGACGUCACCAGAAGACGAAGUGGAUCUACUAAGAGUUGGAUAAACAGAUGGAGGCACAGAGAGUGAACCAUUAAAACCGGAGGGGUUAAUUAUCUACUUGACCUGAUCCUGAGCCGUGUUACAAUUGGUCUAUUAUCUGUAAUAAAAUAGAUGAAUAAUCGUGUGAGAGGGGAUGCAGCUAAGAAAAGAAAUCUAUUUCAGGGAUGUGCCGGCAUCAAUAACGUGAUGGAGAUUGAAUAGUGUUUCAGGUGAUUCCAAAUGCUGUCAUAUCUUGAGGAAAUGCUAUACCUUAACCAUUAUUGGUGCAGGUAGGAACAGACCAUCACAUUUUGUCUUUCAACUAGGGAGUGGAAUCCCUCUCGCAUCAGGUCGGGUAAAGCUGCUUCUGAUUGAGAUUGGCCGGUUCCGAUUAUGAAGACUAGAAGAAAAACAUGAUGUGGGGAACUUUUCAGUCCAAGAAAAAUGGCGUCUAGGCCAUUUGGAAAUAAUCAACUGGAAAAGAAAUCCUUGUAUUAUCGUUUCCAGAUUUCAAACCAGGGAAUGGUUCGGAGAUUGGAUUUCAGUAAGGUUUUUGUGUCUGUCUAUUCCUUUGCGGAAAAAAUAAAAAUAAUACUCGUUAUCCAUACAAACCGGGAGCAGUUGAAAUAAGGUUUCAGAAAUGUAAAUGAUGCUCUAUGAAUUCUACAGAAUAACUUUUUGAGAAUAUAGAUCAGUAGUAUGAAAUAUUUAGUUUAAAGCUCAGCUUAAGAAUUGAAGAUGGGAACCUGGUGAAACUAUUUGCAGUUAAAUCUCUUUUCAAAGGUAGCGGUAAUUGGUGAGGAUGUAUGUCGACAUGCAUAGGAGGCAGGAGGAGAGGUCCAGCAAACGAAAUUAGCACAGUUUUAAGCAAUCGACACAGGACAGGAAAAAUAAUGUUAAUCAGGAACAAAGUGCAAGUUGUAGUUUUGUGGUCUAUUUUCAAGUUCCCCUGAGCAUCUCUUCUCUAUGGAAUUAUAGCAUCAUCUUGAGCGGCCAUUCUCGGAGUGUUAGAAUUGAAGUAGGAACAAGCAAACACAAAUUGUAACUCCUUAUAGAAUGAAGCAAGAUUUUUCCAAGGAUCUUGUGUGCAACUUGAAAGACUCCUUUGCUCCAGUGUCAAAUAAGUGUUAUGGAGAUGGGCGUUGAGAAUCUUGGUUGAGAGGAUUGUGGUAGUGCAAGAUCCAGAAAAGGGGCCAGAAGGUCAGUAGGGAAAAAGGGGCUAGCUCGCAUGAGGAAAAAAAUGCAUGUUCUUACUCUCUUCCAUCUCGUCAGGUGGGAUCUGUUGGGGAAACCAAAGAGUGAGUCAACGAAACUGGUUUUUACCCGUAAAUUGGAUUGGCAUCUUGUUAUCUGAAGAUAUGCGCAUAGAGGUGUACGGGCAGAGAAAAGGGGUGAGAUAAUGCCGCAGUCACCUUUAGAUUGCUGCUGGAUUUCAUGCUUUUGACGUGUGGUUCUCAUUUUAACAUUUUAAACUACUGUGCCCAUCGGUUUGCUGUCCAUUUGCCAUGAAACCAUUACGUUGCUUUUUCUGUUGGAAUUAAAUAUGUUUUGAAUGCGUUGAGGUUGUGUUAUCUCUGCAGUUGGAUCCUGAGCUUGAAUUUGAUCGUGAAGUUUAUCCUUCGGGGCUCCUUCCAAAUGCUGGGGUUAUUGUUGGUGUCUCACAGAGAACAUCGUUCUCAAGCUGUACAGAAUUUCCAUACUUUGAGCCCCUUCCUCAAGCUCAGACAAUAUUGCAUUGUCUGCUGCGUCAUCUUCUUCAGGUAUGACUUCAUGAUCCUGUCUUAGACUUAUUGAUUGCAUUCGAUGUCCAUUUGAUCAGAAGUUCUGGGAUUUGUCAGUUGAAGAACUAGCCGGGCUACCUCUCUGCUAUUAUGUAUCGUAAAUGGCUUGAAGCCCUGAUAUGGGUACGGGAAAUGAGCUAAUAUUACCAUAUAUUAUUUCUUAGUGAAGUUUUGAUGAAAAGAUGGACGUCAGUCUUCGAUACUCAUUUUAAGGAUAAACCUUUUAGACGUCCCUGUAUGCCAGCUUUCCUAAUAUCAUUUCUUUGAAGUUGUUGAGUUACUGAAAUGUCAUAGCUGAAGUCUGAUACAUUCUUAUAAAGAGGCUAUUCCAUGUAUUUGCUUAGGAUAAUGUAAACGAAUGUUCAUAGUAUAUUAUGGCUAGAAUGGAUUAACGUUAACCUCAAAUAAUAAGAGUUAGGUCGAUGGAUGGGAUGUUAUGAUGUGGUUGCUUACUAGAAGGGGAAAAGAUAUCUUGUAGCAUUUGUUUCGUUUUUCGGUUAGAACUCAUGCUGAGACGAAUGCCUUCCCAAAAACAUAAUAAACCUGAUGAUUCCAAUUGAGAUAGAAAUCUGUUGAGAUCGAGGUAUUGCUUUUAAGAUACUGUUUUUUCACAGUCAUUUUAAGGUAUUUAUUUUUCAUGAAUGCGGGAUUUAUCACCAGUUCAUUUCGACGAAUUCCAACAUGUUCAGGAUGAACUAUCUACGACCCCACCACCACCAUAAUGACUGGCACCAGUCAGAGCAUCAUGCUAUUAUGAUGACUACCAUCAUCACUGCCUCGUCUUCAUUAUUCUCUCUAUGAUGUGCAUUCUUCCGGUCUUAUGUUAUUGCAAACCGACAUAAUGUACAUAGAAGCAUAUAUAUAUCCUGAGGACUCCCCCAUGAAGUCUAUAUAAUUUUGGUUUUCUUUAUAAUAGUAUCUCAAUUUCAUCAUCCCUCAUCCCCAUGAGGUAGUACAUCAGGGAGGCCAUCACCCGUCUAUUGUGUAAAAGAAGCAGAGUGGAACAAAAAGAAAGAGGAUGGGGAUAUAUAUGUGACUUGUUAGAUAUUCUCUGUUUCAUUGGAAACGUUAAAGGUUUGUGUUGGCGCUAUGGGCUUUAUUGCCUACUGAUAUAAAUUAAGGAGCUUUUUGAGAAUCUCUUUGGGAUGACUCUUUGCGCAAUUUUUAACUUGUUGAGACUUGUAAUAACGCAUAAGUGAAAUCUCUCUCUCUUGCUAGGAUCAUUGUUUGGAUAUUUUGGGUUGCUUGCAACUACACAUAACCCAUGUCUCUUAACAAGUGAUAAAUUCUUGUCGUUUUGAUUCGUAGAGAGACAAGUUUGAGGAAGCUUUACGGUUGGCAUGCUUAUCUGCUGAAAAGCCUCAUUUCUCUCAUUGUUUGGAGUGGCUACUUUUCACAGUGUUCGAUGCUGAAAUAUCAAGGUAUGAUAUAAUUCAAUCGCAUCAUGAUUAUAUACUAUCCACUUUCCAAAAAAAAAAGGUCAUCGCGAUUGAAAUUCAAUUAGACGUCAAAUAUUUGUUUUCUUAUGCUUUCAGGACAAUAUUAAUAAUACUUGGAGCAGAAAUUCAUUAUGAUGACUGUCUGCAAAACAAACAUUUACUGAAAGGAAGAACAAUUAUUUAGCUAUCAUGCAUUUAAAUUUUCUGCAUAUCGUGCUUGUGAAAUUUCCAAACAAGAUGUGUGCGUGAAAGGGGCCAUUAUUCCAAAGGUACCAUGCACAGUUUCCCUAUCUUUGGUUCCCUCUUGCAACCGCCUAUUUGAAAGAAAGUAGACUGGAGAGUUGGUGAAUGUUGCUUGGGGAGUAGGCAUUAAAUCUUCUGGCAUUUUGAAAUCUUUCCUCGUCAAAUCUCAGUUGUGAAGGGUAGACAGCUUUGUGUCCUGCUUGUGGAAUUUUAUUCCGGGUUCCAGAGUAGGAGGCGUAACCACUGGUGCAUUAGUACUUAAUCUGUCAGUUCACAAAGCAUUUUUAGUAGGUUGACUGAUCUAUUAUCAAUUGAUGAAAUAUGACUGAUCCAGUGACCAGCCGAUUAUCAACAGGGAUCAGCCAAUCCAUAUUUAUUUCUGAAUAAUCAACCUGAAGCUGAUCUCUUGUCUUUUGGGCUUUGGAUUAGAUUAGGUCGUCUCAUCUUUAGAGGAUUCUAAGGUGUGGUGUUUGUUGCUGUUAACAUUCCUUGCAGAAUGUUUAGGAUUGAACACUGGAAAUGCUCCAGAGGGAGGUUUGUGAUUGAAUGACCUUUUACACUUUGUCGGAGAUGGGUAGCUUUAGUUUUCUUGUGCUAUAUAUGUUUUAUUUUAUUUUAUGUUUUGUAUAGCUUUUAGCGCCCAAAAACUCAUUCUGGGAAUUCUAUAGACAGACCAUACUUUGCACAUUUUUUUUGCAUGAUUUGGCCCAAAUUGUUAACUAAAUGCCCUCCUAAUAGCUUCUACUUCCAUCUAUUAUGAAACAAGACCCCUGACUGGCAUAUACUCACAAUAAUGCUCAACUAAAUGCAUUCAAUAAUCCAAUAGAAUCACAAGAGGGGGUGGAAAAGGAGGAUUCUGUCUCUUUGGUUUCAAUCGAUGAAACGCAGCAUGGCCCUGGACAGGCAUGAUGCACGCAAAUCGAGAAAUGGGAAAGAAGAAUGCUUGCAAUCAAUCUCGGUGAACUGGAUGAACGAACCUCAGGUGAUAGCACUCAAGUUAUGGAGCAUAGGGGAGGCCUUUACCGAGUUCAAAGCAACAGCUUUGCUAAUCAGUUCUGCUUUUAUGUUGCAAUGACUGAGGAAAAGCCAAGUGAGCCACGAUUUGCUAACGCAUGAGCAGGGAAAAAAGCAUGCUAGUCGUGGAGGAAGCAUCAAGCCUAGGUUGGGUUCUACCUUCGUACUAGCUGAAAUGAUUGGCAUCUGGGCAUAAUCCAGUCAUGAAAUCAACUUUCAACUUCUCUCUACUGGAUUGUAUUGCCUUGACGAUCUAAAAACAUUCAAUAUUGACGCGUAGAGCCGUAGCCUGAAGUAAAAGAGGGUCGUACUAUUGGCCAGCGUUAUUUUUCUCACAACUCCCGCCCUCAUCUGUUAAAUUAUUCAGCCUUGUCCCUGGAACUUGCUCUUCGAGAGCUCUGAUUGAAGUUGGACACCCCAUUCCUCAGUUCAUUCUCCUUCACUCUCUACCACAUCUUGGGCCUCUUGUGGAACAGGGAGAGGGAAAGGAUAUGCAUCAGUUGUGAGCGGCACCUGGGGGAAUUCAAAAAUCCAUGAUUUGGGACGCCUCGGGUUAAUACGGAAUCACAACUGUCCAACCCCAUGAGCCAUCCAUGCCUAUGCAUUUGCUCUCGUCUCUUAUAGGUUCUUUUGAUUUUUCCCUUUGAAAUGCUUGUAAAGUAAUCUUGUUUAUCUACUGACUGGUUUCAUCUUGUAUUUUUUUUUAUGAAAAUCAUUAUGUAACUGUGACUCAUCAUUAUUUACAGCCAAAGCGCGAGUAAGAACCAGUUAUCUGCAUCUCUAAGGCCCUCAAAGUAAGAACCAGUUAUCUGCAUCUCUAAGGCCCUCAAAGCACACCCUUUUGGAGAAGACCUGUAACUUGAUCCAAAAUUUUCCGGAAUAUCUGGACGUGGUUGUCAGUGUUGCCAGGAAAACAGAUGGGAGACACUGGGCCGAUUUGUUCUCCGCUGCUGGAAGAUCAACAGAGUAUGUUUCACAGAAUCGUUGUAAACCUCAGUGGUAGAGCUUUAAAUUUUAAUUACGAAUCCAGUUCUUACGGUUUGAAAUAUUGAAAUAUACUCUGUUGAAUAAAUAGGGCGGCCUCUUGACUUUCUGGGUGGUAUGUUUGACCUCUGUCAUCAUAAACUCAAUCAUGUUUUUCACGGUCUCUCUGAGAUUCUCACCUAUGUACAAUGAAUGUUGUACACUCAGCCGGAAGUUUUAGCCUGAACUGAAAAAAUGUAGCAUGAACCAUCCAUAACCUUUGCUAAUUCUCAAUAGCCCCUUAGGUGUACCCUCCUAAUGAGGAAAAGAAACCUGUGCAUGAACUUAUAAGCUGUGCAUGACCCAUACUUUUGUUCAGCUUUGUAUGUCUAUGACUAGGAUUUUGUUCUGCAGGGGCUAGAUCUGAUUUUCGUUAUAUUGUAUUGCUCCUGUUUAUGAUGCUAUUUCUUAAUUUCUUAAACAGCUGUGUAUCAUUGUCAUUGGAUUAUGGACGUUUUAAAUGAGAGAACUUGGUACCUGUUGAAUGAACAUGCGGCUCAUAAAUUUACCCCCAAAUCUCUUCUGUAUAAGAUCCACCAUCUACUUUCCAUGGGAUGCAUCACUCUACUUUCUUUUUUCCAAUAUUUAUGAAUUUUUUUCUUCCUCCUAUGUUUGUUCAAUUAUUUUUUCCUCAAAAUGCAAUAAUUGCUCUUCUUUCAGGUUGUUUGAAGAAUGUUUCCAACGAAGAUGGUACAGAACUGCUGCCUGCUAUAUACUGGUAUGGUUUCAGCGACACACUAGAGAUCCUUUAGGCUUAUACCCAGAAAUAAAACCAUACGAUGUGUGAUCUGUAUCACGUUUUCGCAAGAUGUGAUACUCGUGCCAAGGAAUUAGCUCAAAUACAACUUAGAGAGGAACGGUGUAGAUUCCAUAGUUUAGGGAGGCAAAAAUGGAUUUCUGGAAUUUUUCCAGUGAUGAAAGGAACUAAAACCUAAAAUUAUGUUUUGAAAAAACGCAGGUAAUUGCAAAGCUUGAAGGCCCUGCCGUGAGUCAGUACUGUGCUAUGCGUUUGCUACAGGUAAGAACCGGUCAUUAUUAGGAAAAAUGUCCAUUGGCCGUUUUUUAAUUUUUUUUUAUUAUCAACGAUGCGAUUUUCUCUUCUGCAGGCAACACUGGCUGAGUCAUUGUACGAACUUGCAGGAGAGCUGGUACGCUUUGCCAUGAGUCUGCCUAAUUCUGCAGUUGCGUCGCCAUCGAUCUCAAUCAGAUGACUGUGCUCGUUUGUUUCUCAGGUAAGGUUCCUACUACGAUCGGGGAGAGAUUACGACAACGCCACCCCUGAGUCCGAUAAGCUGUCUCCCAGAUUCCUGGGGUUUUUCCUCUUCCCCUCCCACAGGAAGCAGCCAUCCGACAGUAAGAGGUACAUUGCAGAAAUAUCCCUCGAUUGUCUUUUUUGUGGCAAUUUAUCCUAGAAACUUGUGAAAUUCUUGCAUCACACGCACGUCCCAUCUUCUUCUUCUUCGUCUUCUUUUUUUUCAGUCAUUGUGUUCAUACUGUUUUCUUCUUUUUUCUGUGUGAAUCAGUGCAUCUGUUAAGGAGAUGAGCCCACAUAUUGCUUCAGUCAAGAACAUCCUGGAAAACCACGCUGGCUACCUUAUGUCCGAGAAGGAGCUCUCUAAGUUGGUUGCAUUUGUCAAAGGAACACAGUUUGACCUUGUGGUGAGUUGUGUAAUUAUUUUCUUCUUUUUUUAUUUCCGUUUAAAUCAGAGAGACUAAUUUCCAUCCCCACUUAUUGCAGGAAUAUCUCCAAAGAGAGAGACUGGGAUCUGCCCGUCUGGAGAAUUUCGCUUCAGGGCUCGAACUGAUAGGACAGAAGGUAGGAAAAUAUGAAUCUAAGCCUGUCUUUUUCUUCUCUCGUGACUUGUCAAUCACCUGCAAUUGAUUGGACGUACAAACGUUGACCAAAAUAAUUACACAAAGAGCAUGCGUUUUUAGUAAUCUGACUUCUGGGGACGAUGAAAUCGCAAGGGGAAUGCGUGUUUAACAUGCUCGAUCAUGUUUCUCAUUGACCCAUAUUUAUAUUGCCUAAUCGGGUAACCAUGAUCUAUCUAAUCCCUCUUUCUCUCUGUGUACCAGCUCCAGAUGGGUUCUCUCCAGAGCCGAUUGGAUGCGGAAUUCCUUCUGGCCCACAUGUGCUCGGUUAAAUUCAAGGAAUGGAUCGUCGUCCUAGCUACCCUUUUGAGGCGCACGGAGGUAAUCUUACUCUCUCAAACUCGCCGAAAGUUGAAAUUAUCAUAAAUAAAUUUCUACUGCGUAACGUUACACAACCAUACAACGUACCUUCGAUCGUUCGUGAGAUUCACAUGGGUCGAUUAUGGCUAACUGUAGGUGCUGUUCGACCUCUUCCGCCACGAUAUCCGGCUGUGGAAGGCAUACAGAACAACUCUUCAGGUACAUGCUCUCUCUCUCUCUCUCUCUCUUUCCCUCUCUUCUGAGCCGGAUGCCCGCUUUGCUCAUUUUCAGUCGCAGCCGGCCUUCGAGGAGUACUGGGACCUCCUUAGAGCCUUGGAAGAGCAGCUCUCGUCCGUCACAGAUGCUGGCGAGAAAUGA